UCUGACGUCCGGCCAAACCAGUUGAGAGUGCGGUUCUGCGAACAAGAUGGAUUACAGGAAUAAACUUGUUCUUGCUCCAAUGGUUCGAGUUGGGACAUUGCCAUUUAGAUUACUGGCAGCUCAAUAUGGUGCAGACAUUACAUAUGGGGAGGAGAUUAUUGAUCAUAAACUACUCAAAUGUGAACGACGCAUAAAUGAUGUUAUUGGUUCAACCGAUAUAGUGGAGAAGGGUACAGAGAAUGUUGUUUUUAGAACCUGUGGCGAGGAAAGAAAUAGAGUAGUAUUUCAGAUGGGGACUUCAGACGCUGUUAGGGCUCUGACUGCUGCUCAGUUGGUGUGUAAAGAUGUUGCAGCUAUAGAUGUCAACAUGGGUUGCCCCAAGGCAUUCUCUAUUAGUGGAGGAAUGGGAGCUGCACUACUGUCUAAACCAGAGCUCAUCCAUGAUAUUUUGACAAUGUUGAAGAGGAAUUUAUGGAUACCAGUAACAUGCAAAAUACGCCUAUUAAAUUCAACUCAUGAUAGUGUCGAAUUGGCUAGAAGAAUAGAAAAAACUGGGGUAUCUGCUGUAGCUGUUCAUGGAAGAAGAGUUGCAGACAGACCAAGAGAUCCUGCUAAUUGGAGUGAAAUUGCAACUGUUGUAGAUGCUCUUUCUAUUCCAGUCAUUGCCAACGGUGAUGUAUUUGAGUUUGAGGAUUUUCAGCACAUUCGAUCCGUGACAGGUGCCUCAUCUGUGAUGAUUGCUAGAGGAGCUCUUUGGAAUGCUUCAAUUUUUCAUCCAGAAGGAACGCCUGUUGAAGAUGUGAAAAGAGAGUAUGUUAGGAAGAGCAUUUUAUGGGAUCAUGACAUCAAAAGCACGAAGUACACAUUGAAAGAGAUGAUCAUGCAUUAUACUUCUUUGGAGCUCCCAGAAGGAAAAGCUGUGACCAAAUCCGAAAGCUUGGCCGAUAUAGCGCGAGUUUAUGGGGAAGAAAAAUAUUAUGAAUCUGUCCACAGAAUGCGAAAUGGAGUUGGUGACGGGUCUUCACCCAGAUAGAAAAUGAUGAGGUAUAUGAUUAUUCGGCACAUAUUUGUUGAACCGUAUCUAAAAAGGUACGAUCGUGAAACCAUGCCUCGCAUCUUGGUACACUGGGUGCAUCAGAAGGUGAAGGUUUAUUUAUUCGUGCAUGCUAUGCUCGUUCUCGAUGUCAUCUUCAUCUUGCCAUUCAUCCCCAAGAGAAGAUGAUGUGUUUUUAUUUUUUAUUUGGUAGGUUCAGAGUUUGUAGUUUGUUGGGAUGUCAUAUUUUGUGAAGUGUAAAGAGUGUAAUUACGGUGGUUACUUGAUGCAUAUAUGAUGCUGACAUUCUUUAUUUGUAAAGCAAAAUUUGCAUACUUGUAAUGUUGGCAUGGAACAUGAUUCUGUGUUCCAUUCUCUACUGGUUUGGUAUAUUUUGCCAUUUUAAUC